UUAUGUAGCACCUUGAACCUAUAUGACUCUGAAUAUCCCUUUUUUUUUUGCCCGUGUUUUGGCUCAGCAUCUGUUUGGGAUGGAAGAAAAAUUUGAAACUAGCGUUGUUUGUCAUCUGAGAGCUUCACUAUCAACUCUACCGAUUCACACAAAGGCUAAGCGCCAUAUUCAAUCAGAGCGGUUGAGUUUAAAAUUGAGGUGCAAAAGAGCUCAAUAUUCAUGUUAUUGGCACCGAAGGGGGGGUUCACACCAAAUGGUCUUACUUUGGUGCAGACCUUAUUUACAAGAUAUCGACUUAUCAUAUAUUGAAUUAGGUAAGCAAGGGAGACUAAUUAAAUCCAGCCAGCUGUGAUCAGAUCAAAAGUAUGUGGCUUAUAGUGGGAUACCGUGAGAGUUUGACGGCCUGUCAUGUGUCGCCUGCCCCGCAACGUUUUCGGAAAGCGCUGUAAUAGGGAAUGUUCAAUCAUUUCCCUCUCAGGCUGUCAGCCACCACCCCCCCCCCCAAGGAAACCCUCGACAGAUCCC